AUGAACAGCAUUAGACAGGUGCCUUCGAGGGUGAAAACCAGGCGGACCGAGGCCAAUCUGGGAGCCGAGAGAGAGCAUUUUGACAAGCAGCAGCUGAGUAGCAUCAGCAAGGCCAUCAACUCCACUGAGACCCCUGUGAAGGAGAAGCAUGCACGACGAAUUAUCCUGGGAACUCACAGAGAGAAGGGGGCUUACACCUUCUGGUCCUACGCUCUGGGCUUUCCUCUGGCCAGCAGCUCCAUCCUCAGCUGGAAGUUCUGCCAUGUCCUGCACAAAGUCCUGAGAGAUGGACACCGUAAUGUUUUACAAGACUGUAUGAGACAUCACAGUAGUCUAGUUGAAAUUGGGAAACUAUGGGCCCACCUUCAUGACAAAUAUGGCCAACUGGUUGCUCUCUACACAAAGCUGCUCUGUACAAAAAUGGAGUUUCAUGUGAAGCACAUGGAGAUCCCACCAAACCUGGAGGCUACAGAUGAGGUCCUGGAGCGCACUGCUGGGACAGACAUCAAUAACGUGUUCCAGCUCACAGUUGAGGUGUUCGAUUACAUGGACACAGAACUGAGGCUCGCUGAGACAGUACUCCGCCAGCUCAACACAUCCAUCGCCAUCUCUACUCUCACAUCUGGCCAGUGUCGCCUGGCUCCACUCAUCCAAGUUAUCCAAGACUGUAGCCACCUCUACCACUUCACUGUCAAACUGUUAUUCAAACUUCAUGCCUGUCUCCCCGCUGACACCUUACAAGGACACCGUGAUCGUUUCCAUGACCAGUUCCACAGCCUUAAGACGUUCUUCAAUAAAGCCAGAGAUAUGCUCUACUUCAAGAGACUGAUCCAAAUUCCCAAACUGCCUGAUUCUCCACCCAACUUUCUGCAUGCAGCCUCUCUGGCGAAGCAUGUGAAACCAGUGGUUGUUAUUCCUGAUGAGGAUGAACCAGAACAACAAGAUGAUGAUGAUGACGACCCUGAGCCUCUCAUUGAGGUCAGCGAUGUCUCUACACCCAGCAUACAAGCACAGCCGCAGCAAAUGGACAUAUUUGAUCAGACAUUUGGACCUCCAAAUGGAGGCUUUGAUGACAGGGAUCUCCAGAUUGAAAGCCUGAAGCGAGAUCUUGAGUUGUUGAGAGCAGAGCUAGAGAGAGUCAAAGCAGAGGCCCAACGCUAUAUCACACAACUGAAGUCCCAGAUUAACAGUUUGGAGGCGGAGCUAGAAGAACAGAGGGCACAGAAACAGCGAGCUCUUGUAGAAAAUGAGCAGCUGCGCAUGGAACUGGAAGCCAUGCGGCGCCGAAAUGCAGAAUAUGACAGCUUACAGACCACGUUUAUUGAGGCGGAGAAAAGAGCCCAAGCCACUGAGCAGCGGUACAAUAAGCUGAAAGAAAAGCACACGGAGCUGGUGACCAGCCAUGCAGAGCUACUGCGGAAGAGUGCAGACACUGUGAAGAUGCUGUCAGCAACACAGCAGACCCAGGAUGAAGUGGAGAGGACCAAACAGCAGCUGUCAUUCGAGGUGGAUCGGAUUAAACAAGAAGCUGACAUGAAGCUAGAAGAGCAGAAGUUUGAGAUGGAGAAGCUGAGGAGAGAGCUGGAAGAGAAGUUGGCUGAAAUUUCACGUAUCAAGGCGACACUACAGAGCAGCGAACAAACAUCGGUGCAAAUGAACAGCUCAAUGACAGCUCUGCAGGCAGAGAAGGAGCGUCUGAUGCGAUCUGUGAGUGAGAAGGAGGCGGAGCUGUCGUCUCUGCGACAGGCUGCGCAGGUGCAGCAGUCAUCACUUCAGCAGGAGCGAGAGAGGAACAGCAGGGAGCUUGGCGAGCUGCAGGGCAAACUGCAGGACAAGGCAAGUCAGGAGGAGUUGCUGAAACAGAAGCUUCUGGAGGAGCAGUUUGCUUUGUUGCAGGGAACCGUCACAGAGGCUGAGAACAUUAUCCAAGAUGCUGUAGCUAAGCUUGACGAUCCCCUCCACAUACGAUGCACCAGCUCUCCAGAUUACCUCGUGAGUCGGGCUGAGUCCACACUGACUUCCAUCGACAAGCUAAAGAAAGGCCAUGCAGAAUAUUUGACAAACAUGAACGAUGCUGGAGCGCUGCUGAGGGCUCUGACCCAGUUCUCCCACUUGGCUGCCGAUACAAUUGUUAACGGCAGUGCAACGGCACACAUGGCCCCCACUGACCAUGCAGAUAAACUGACAGAGAACUGCAGAACCUGUGCCACCGAGAGUCUGCAGUUCUUAAAGGAUCUGAAGACCAAGAUCACCCUCCAGAAGGCAGACCCAGCCUUCAUUCGGGUCAUUGUUCAAAAGAUCCUGCACUUGGGCCAGGAGCUGCGGCCCAAAAGUAUGGAUAUUCGCCAGGACGAGUUGGGAGAUCUGGUUGAUAAAGAAAUGGCUGCAACAUCAGCUGCUAUUGAAGAAGCUGUCCGUAGAAUUGAUGAAAUGAUGAAUCAGGCACGAAAGGACACAUCAGGAAUGAAACUGGAGGUCAAUGAAAGAAUCCUGAACAGCUGCACAGACCUGAUGAAGGCCAUCCGCAUGCUGGUUGUGGCAUCUACAGACUUACAAAAGGAGAUUGUGGAGGGUGGGCGGGGUGCAGCGACCAUUAAGGAGUUCUACGCCAGGAACUCUCGCUGGACUGAGGGGCUCAUUUCUGCUGCCAAGGCAGUGGGAUGGGGAGCCACAGAGAUGGUGGAGUCUGCUGAUAAAGUGGUGCUGCACACUGGCAAAUAUGAGGAGUUGAUUGUCUGUUCUCAUGAGAUUGCUGCUAGUACUGCACAGCUGGUCGCUGCUUCAAAAGUCAAAGCAGACCGCAACAGUAAGAAGCUCUCAACGCUGCAGCAGGCGUCUCGACUCGUGAAUGAGAUGGCUGCUAAUGUGGUAGCUUCAACCAAGACAGGCCAGGAACAUCUGGAGGAAAAAGAUACCAUGGACUUCUCUGGAAUGUCACUUAUUAAACUGAAAAAAGAAGAAAUGGAGUCACAGGUGAAGGUGCUGGAACUGGAAAGUCAGCUGGAGAAUGAGCGCCUGCGUUUGGGCGAGUUGAGGAAGAAGCACUACGUGUUGGCAGGGGUUCCUCUUGAUCAGGUUUCAGAGGGGAACGGAGAAACCUUCUCAACAACCCAUCCCGUCUCCAUGUCACCAAAACCCACAAAGCCCACUCUCAUGAAGAAACCUGCGCUGGCCCAGAAACCCAAUAUACCACCUAAAACUAUGUUUAAGUAACCGUCUGAGCAGAAGCUGACAGCUCUGGAUGGAUUGGUCUGAUGAUGAUUGCCUCUUAGUGAAUGUGCAGUUUGUUUCAGUUGCAUGCUGACAAUCCUCUGUGUCAUCCUGCACCUCACUUUUUUCCUUCUUUUCUUUUUUUUUUUUGCCAAAACCAAUCAAAAGAUGCCUGUAGACAACAUGCUGUCUCUAUGCCGCGACUCUUAAAAUACAUACCCAAAGGAAAUCUUUUUAUUUUAAUGUUAGUCAUUUAGGAAAUACGUUUUUACUUUUAAAGCUGUGUGAAAGUUUUUUUUUUUUUUUUAAUGCAUCAUUAAAAUUUUAGAUGAUUAAACACUACUUCUUUUAGCAUACAAUUCAUGACACACAACAGCAGCAUAUCUUGGACCUGUUUGUCAAUAGUUAGCUUGCUAAUGCUGUGUGUCCUUUUUGCACACUACUUUGGACCUUUAUGAUGGAGCACAUCACACUUUUGUCAAUAUACACUGUAUUCUUGUUGUGAUGCACUAUUAAGAAAAUUAGGGAAUCACAUCAUGUGCAUCCAGGUUGCUGGAAAAGUUUGACAUACCUCUGGCUUUGCCUUCGUGAUGGACAGUGUUCCUCUCAUGUGCAAAACAGCUUCUUUUCUCAACAGUGCAAGAUUGUCUGAGAGGCCUUGAAAUGUACUGUACCGAUGCAUUUAAAAUAACCUGUAAAGACACACAGUCUGUAUAGGAGUGUGAGCUGCACACAAUCUAAUUCAUGUCUUCAUAGUCAUCUGUUGAAUGUCCCUAUUUUGGAUAGUAUGUAAAAAUAUAUAGAAAAACUUAAUGCUUGCACAUAAAUAUUGGAUGUAGGCGUCCUUAAUUAUCAAAUAUUUAAUUUAGGCUGAAUAUGGAGAUUUAGGGUUAGUUGAUGUACACUAUGAGUACACUAUAAGUCCUCUCUGCCUCUGGGAGCUUUUCUUACAGGGUCUUACAAUGCAUCUUUUUAUUUCCUGUCCUUUCUUCUGUAUGAAAUGUCUUUAUACACUCAGAUCUAUUAAUAUAUUUUAGUAAAGAUUAUGGUGGUUUCUCCUUGUAAGAAGUGUAAAUGUAAAACAAAUGAACAAUAAAUGUUUGAUUUAAUGUC